AUCUGGACCGUUCACUAAAUCGAAUAUAAUCAAAGAUCUAACCUCAGAUCCACCCUCUUUCUUUCUCUCGCCGUCUAGCGGGUGCUCUGCUCUUUCGUUCUCUGCGGCCAAUCCUCGGAACCUAAACACUGCGAAUAAAAAGAGAAAAAAGAGGUAAAGAUGUUUGGGAGAGCUCCAAAGAAAAGCGACAACACAAAGUACUACGAGAUUCUUGGAGUCUCAAAAAAUGCUUCGCAGGAUGAUCUGAAGAAGGCUUACAGGAAAGCCGCAAUCAAGAACCAUCCCGACAAGGGUGGUGACCCUGAGAAGUUUAAAGAAUUGGCCCAAGCUUAUGAGGUUCUAAGCGACCCGGAGAAACGUGAGAUUUAUGAUCAAUAUGGUGAAGAUGCUCUCAAGGAAGGAAUGGGUGCAGGUGGAGGUGGCCAUGACCCAUUUGAUAUUUUCCAAUCCUUUUUUGGUGGCAAUCCAUUUGGUGGUGGUGGAAGCAGCAGAGGGCGAAGACAGAGGCGGGGAGAGGAUGUUGUGCAUCCACUAAAGGUUUCUUUGGAAGAUCUGUAUAAUGGAACGUCCAAAAAACUCUCUCUUUCACGUAAUAUAAUCUGCUCCAAGUGCAAAGGAAAAGGUUCCAAAUCAGGUGCAUCAAUGAAAUGCCCUAGCUGCCAAGGUUCUGGGAUGAAGAUUUCAAUUAGACAGCUUGGCCCUGGUAUGAUCCAGCAGAUGCAGCAUCCUUGCAAUGAGUGUAAGGGUACUGGUGAGACUAUUAAUGAUAAGGAUCGCUGCCCACAAUGCAAGGGUGAUAAGGUUGUACAGGAGAAAAAAGUAUUGGAAGUCAUUGUUGAGAAGGGAAUGCAAAAUGGACAAAAGAUUACAUUCCCUGGAGAAGCUGAUGAAGCGCCUGACACCAUUACUGGGGACAUUGUAUUUGUCCUACAACAGAAAGAACAUCCAAAAUUUAAGAGAAAGGGUGAUGACCUCUUUGUGGAGCAUACUCUGUCCCUCACAGAGGCGCUUUGUGGUUUCCAAUAUGUGUUGACCCAUUUGGAUGGCAGGCAACUUCUAAUUAAAUCUCAACCUGGGGAAGUUGUAAAGCCUGAUCAAUUUAAGGCCAUUAAUGACGAGGGAAUGCCAAUAUAUCAGAGGUCAUUCAUGAAGGGUAAAUUGUACAUUCACUUCAGUGUUGACUUCCCAGACUCGCUAAGCCCUGAGCAAUGCAAAUCUUUGGAAGCUGUGCUACCGCCGAGAACCUCAGUUGAGCUGACGGACAUGGAGCUCGAUGAAUGUGAGGAGACUACUUUGCAUGAUGUUAACAUUGAGGAGGAGAUGCGCAGGAAGCAGGCUCAGGCUCAAGAAGCAUACGAGGAAGAUGAUGAUAUGCAUGGAGGUGCGCAGAGAGUGCAAUGUGCUCAGCAAUAAUCAAUGACUGGAGACUGAGGGAAAGGAUUUGACAUCAUGGGCUUUACAAGAUCACAGAACAGAUUCUUCUAAUUGGUAUCUUCUACUGUUAUAAUAGGGGAUUACAGUUCUAGCUUUUCCUUGUUUAUGGGAUUUUCGUUGUGCUUGCUUACAUUUUAAUGUGUAUUUCAGGUUUAGCACCUGAAUUAGUUCCAUAUCUCUUGCGUGAAUAAUUUAACAAUUCUCUGUGAUGCUGCGAUCAA